UUUCAUUGUGAAGCAGAGUUGAUUACAACUAGCUACAAAUAUUCCUACCUGCUUCAUAAUACCAAAGAGACAGAGAUCGAGAUCGAGUUUCUUGGUGGUUUAGAUCAAAUAAUCAUCAAGACAGAUCGAUCGAGUAUCCAUGGCUCUCUCUGGUCACUGGGUUUUUGCUUUUGGAGUCCUUGGAAACAUCAUCUCAUUCAUUGUCUUCCUCUCUCCACUGCCUACAUUCUACCAGAUUUACAAGAAGAAAUCAGCAGAAGGGUAUCAAUCAAUUCCCUAUGUGGUAGCCCUAUUCAGUUCCAUGCUUUGGAUAUACUAUGCAUUACUCAAGUCCAACGCCACACUUCUCAUUACUAUCAACUCUUUCGGAUGUGUGGUUGAAACCAUUUACAUCGGCUUCUACAUUUACUAUGCAAGCAAGAAAGCGAGGGUACAAACUAUAAAGAUGCUUGUUCUGUUGGUGAUUGUUGGUUUCGGCGCUGUGGCUCUGGUGUCUCAGUUUCUGUUCAAAGGCGCAAUAGUUCGGGCCCAAGUUGUGGGAUGGGUUUGCCUCGUUUUUUCAUUGUGUGUGUUCGUUGCGCCCUUGUGCAUUGUGAGGCAAGUAAUCAGGACAAAGAGCGUUGAGCACAUGCCAAUUCUUCUCUCAGUUUUCUUAACUGUGAGCGCUGUCAUGUGGUUCUUCUACGGCUUGCUCUUAAAAGACAUAAACAUAGCGGUUCCAAAUGUGCUGGGAUUCAUUUUCGGCAUCCUCCAAAUGGUGCUUUACGCUAUGUACAAAGGCAAAAAGCAGCAGCCGGAUGAUGAGAAGCAGCUUCCCCAAGUAGUAAUACCUACAGUAGUGGCGUUGGAAGAAAAACAAAAGCUUCCAAAGGAGCUGACCGAGGAACAAAUCGUGGACAUUGUGAAGCUGGGAUCACUCAUUUGCUCCGACAAGAUUAACGUCGCUGCUGCCGCAUGCUGCAGCAUCCAGGACAAGAUGCACCAGGGAGGCGGAGCUGCUGCUGCUGCUGAUCAUAUUCCCACCAAACCACCUCAGACCAACGCUCCCAACCUCCAACCACCAGUGCCACUGCAAGUCUAAUCUAUAUAUACUCCAUCUCAUCUCAUCUCAUCUCCUGGAAGCCUAGCCUAGCCUGGCCUGGCCAGACCUCUUAGACAAAAUCAAUCCAUCUGGGUGUUUUCUCUUCUCUUCUCUUUAGUAGUUUAAUAACCCCCCUAGUACUUAUGUAUGUGUGUCUAUUUAUGUAGUAUGUAAACCGUAAUUAGGCUACUUCAACUUUACUUUUAUUAUUAUGUAACUUUGAUUUUUCUCUUCACCCAGAGGAGAAAUUUUAUUUUAUAUUUACGUGUUCAAUUGUCUCCUA